AUUAAAGCUUAAGAAUAAACAAGUGUCACGAAUUUCGAGCAAGAUGAGAACCAACACACGACCGAUCGAUCUGCCCGAGAACUCCGUCAGUGUGUCCCGCAUCUGUCAGGAGCUGGAGAACGGCCGCCGGCUUAACACGGCCAUGCGCAACAAUCAUAUCGACUUUGUCGCGUUGGACAACAUUCUUAAAGGAGUGACCGAUCAACCGUGCACAACUGCGGCCACACAACCUGUCAAACCGACGGAAUCGUCCGCAAAGUCCCCGCCGAAAGCGUCAUUCUUAACGGCGGAUACGUUGCGUGAAAUUCGUGGCCGACUGCGACGGUUGAGCAACGAGUCGCUCUAUCGUGACGACAUGAGCCCGGCCGAUGAUGCUUCGGGGCAGCAGGACCAUCGAGGCGGUGAUGAGGGUGGCGUUACUAUUACUGAGGUAGAGACACGGCUAGGGCAGCUGGAAACUAGUAGUUCGUCAGAUUCAAACUAUCGGAGCAGUAGCUUACAGUCGAACAAGAAGCCCGCACCGGAUACUACCGUACUAGCGCCAGACGAUUGGCAUUCCCGUCGCAAGUCGUACGGAUUCGAGCGGAUGAGUCAACAACCGCUCGGCAGCGGGUUUGCAAUGGCCAAGAUGGAUUCGUCGACGGACAGCGGGAUAGGCCGCUCGUCAGACUUGAGUUCUAGCUGGUCGAGCGCGGCUACUGAGAGUAGUCAGGGAGGAAACAAUCUAGCUAAUGGUGCAAGCACCUAUCAUCAGCGAUCAACGAUUGUAACAUUGGGCGAAAGAUCCCUGAUGAAGGAGAAACAAUCCACGAACCCAGCGAUGGUCAUCAAAAUCACCAGUAAACCAUCGACAAGUGCAAUCGACACGUUCGUACCUUCGACGGAACCGGAAGAGGAGCCAAAACGUCACUCCAUCGCGGUCGACGAAACAAGUUACGUGCGGGAUAGUUUGCGCAGCAUGUUUGAGCGCAAGUCGUCCGUAAACGUCAACGGUUUCAGUCACACCUUCAUCGACGACCUAAGCCGUAACAAGAAGCGUGUGGAGUUUUGCAAGACGGAGGUACACUUCACGGCUGACUCGGGCCGGGUAAACAUCGUCGAAACGGACGAGAAACCACCGCCAACGAACAACUUCCGACGUCGUCGACGAUCCUCUGGAGGUGCGUCGCCCGGAAGUGCGUCGUACUUGGUGACGAAUCUCGAAGGGGAGCCGGAAACGGUUAACGCUACGGAUGAAUCGAAGCUGGCACCUGCGUCAGAGGGAGUUGAAUCGGAACAGGACUUUCCUCCGGUGGUUACAACCACGAUCGGUAUCGGCCGUACUGCACCGGAACCGACACCAAGAAAGUACGUACCAUCGUCCAUUACGGCCGGCACCGGCGGUGUGACCGUGUCGGAUGAAAGUGAUGGCCAUUCCACGGAUGAGAUAUCGCUUCGCAGCAUUCUGAAAAACAAACCGAUCAAACCGAAACCAUACGUGCUAGGUGAGAAUCUGGACAGCAAUGAAGCGCUGUGGGGUGUGAAGCUGAGACCGGUCGGGACGACCGCAUCGACGGUGGAGCAGGGCGCCAGGUUGAGCGUGGAGAUGGGACACGAAGCGAAAAGUGCAUCACCCAUCGCCACCGGAAGCUAUUCAACGAAGAUCAAUUUGACGCAGCACCCACAAGGCGGUGCAAGUUCCUGGAAUAGCAGCAAUACCUCAGUGGACAAAGCGAACCAUCACGGUGCGGCCACCAGCACCGAGUCCGCUGCAUCGAAAUCGACCACAAAGAUACUGAUCGACAUGACCGCUACGAGUGACGAAGCAGCACCGGGACCGACAUCCAACACCGGGGAUGAGCUCAAGUCGACCUCGUUGAUCAUGCGUACGAUGCGCGCUGCAACGAAGCUAGAUGAAGCGCUGAAGAGUCUACAGGCUUUACGGAGGGAUUCGCUCGGAGAGAACGGUACAUCACCACUGUAUCAACGCAGUCUCGAUGUGUCCAGUCCGAAAGCGCGCAGACAUUCGGCAUUUUGUCAGCUGAACGGAAGCGUGACUGGUAGCAACAGCAGUGGCAGCACGAUCAGCAGUACCUCGAUCGCAAAGUCAAGCAGCGCAAGCAGCAUCUACGCGGACUAUCCGAAGCUGAAGGCGACCAAGUACGCGUCUUCGCUUGACGGAGAUUCGCUGGAGCGUGACACCUCUUCCGGCUACGGUGUGUCUCGCUACUCGUCCAUCAUGCCGUCGACGACGGCGGCGAAACGCAUCCUCGCGAGCGAAUCGCGCCUGUCCGAUUUCGAGGCAUACAUUAGCAAAAACACGGCCGUGCGCCGUUCGAGCACGGCGGAUGAUGUUGAUCGGCUGUGCAGCAAACCGAUAGCGGCACCGAGAUUAAAGAAGCUUGGCUCAACCGUACUUAGUCAACAGUUGUCCCAGCUGCGUAGGUUGUACGAUGCUGCCGAACUGUACGACAGUGACAGCGACAGUGCCAAGGCUGACGAAGAGGUAAAGCUGUACCUAGGCAAUCUGGCCGAUACCUCCUCGUCGACGUCGUCCUUUGGGCAGGCCACCGAGCUGUCCGGCAGCUGGAGUCGCAUCAAGGCUAAGCGAAACAUUCAGAAAUUCAACAGCACCAGCCUAACGGCUGCGAAAUGCGUUGAGAUCAAGGAUGCGUCCUUUUCGGUGAACUCGUCUGCAGAGUUUGAUAUUGUAAAACCCUCGGCCCUGGUUAGCCGACAGCCAAGCAAACCUUCCGCUGUGAUGUCGAUUGAAUUGAAGAGCCCAACGCCCGUCAAAAAACUACCACCCUCUCACACCUCUAGUCCAGACACAUCCACUAUAAAACUAACUGCGACAGUGAAUGACGAAUCGAUGGCAGAUAGCCAGCAGCAGUCUCCAAAAUUCCGGAGAUAUAUACCGACCACGGCCACCACACCCGGUGCCGUGCGUAACGAAGGACGAGCCUCGCUCCGGUUGUCAUCCGGUGCGCGGCAGUUGCGCGAGAAUGAACUGUCAUUUUUCGGCGUCAACUCGAACAAGCAGCAGCCGUCCGGUACGGCGGCCCCAUCCGGCAAACCGCCAACGUCGUCGAGUUCGACGACAGCCCCUAGCUCACCGUUUCAACGAUCGGCCACUUUAACGUCUUCCUUUAUAAGACGCACCGGAACGUCCAGCACCGGUGAGGGUACCGCUUCCAAAGCGUCCAUCUGGCAGCUAACGAACGAUAAACCGGACCUGCUGCGUCACAGUCAACUAGAACCCUCUCCAACGAAAGUGCAAGCAGUGCCUGCUCCCCGUCCAGCAGUUGCCCGUGCAGCAGCAGGUGUAUUUUCAGCUGGUGCAAUCAGCAAAAGUGUGAGCGUGACAAGCAGCAGUAGCAGUGUGACGACCUCCACACUUUCGUCCGCCGAUGGUGGUAGUCCACAUUACGAAAAUUUAUCGAACUUCGUCGUGAAACCGAAGGCAGCGCAGCGUUCGGUGGGUUCUUCACCAGCCGGAGUUGAACCUGUACAAGCGGGUGACAGGACGAUCGCUGUAACUCCUGCAUACGAUCGAAAGAAGGACUUGGAAAGGGAUGAACGUAUUCUGGAGGAGCUAACACGAGCCGCGGAUGAAAUCAUGAACGUUGUUAACAACAUGUCUAACGGGGAGAGCAUGGAGAGCAUCUUAAACGAGCUGAACGAUGGCGAAGGGCACCGUCGAAGACUUUCGAACGGUGGAUGCACACUCGGAACCAUUCGCGAGUGUUCGACUACGAACAAGAUAAUGAAGUCGCGCGGCGUACAAGUGUCCAAGAACAUUGACGACAGUCUCAAACGCCACGCACAGCGUCAAUCAAGACUUUCUUCCGCUUCAUCGAAUGAAAGUAUUGGCCACCGACCUGAGGGCAACUUUACGCGCAGCGUUUCACUGCGGGGUCCAUCGAGUGGAACAGUAACUACCGGAGAGAGUGUGUCGAGUCGCUCCGGAUCAAGCCGACGAAGUCGUGCUCCGAUGACGACUGAAACCCGUCGCCUCGUACGAAUGUGCAGCAAGGAGAAGCUGCAGUCGAAUGCUAGCUCGUCGGAGGAUCUUCCAAACAGUGGCGUCGUUGAACCGCCACGUAGACCGCGCCGAACGCGCUACCAGUCGAAGGAUUCGAAGGACAUGCAGCCAAAUGCUACCAGCAACGGUCAUAGCACCAGAACGGAACAACGUACCACAGGAUCGUCUUCGCGAUCACAUCGCAGCGAGCGAUCAGGCGGAUCGGUUAGAACAACCAGUUCCAGGCUGGGUCAUAGUGCUGCUUCGAACGGACACACCCAGAUGGCCGUAAGUACCGGGAGCGUUCACCAUCAUCAUGCGCUCCAUACCGCAUCGUGUCCGUCGUCCCGCACCGUCAAGCAGCCGAGUGUUAACGGGCACCAUCCGCAACUGGCAUCCGCCACCACAACGUCGUCAAAAAAACAUCACCGAUAAUGCUACAGCUGCUCCUGUCUGGCUCCAUCUUUCCGCGGUGAUGCUGCCUGUCUGGCCACGGUUGACGUUCUGCCAGUAGUUGAUCGCACAGCGACGGCGAGUUAGUACAUUCCUAAAAGCGGACAAACGUUGGAACAGUGCCAAAACAACAACUGAAUGUUUGUCACGAUCGCUGUGUGUGCGUUGAGAAAAAUGAGGCACGUCUCGAAUGUUUGAUUAGUAAUGGCGAUAGGGAAAAAAACACACUCGCACAUACACGAAAAUUCCCAAAAGUUGACCCCCCUAGGGAAGGCACGGUGCUUAACGGUGAUAAGCCAGCGGUGGCAAGUUUGGUGUCCGAUGACGCGACCGGCUGAUGUCUUUUUUACUGGUAGUGGUUAAACGAUUGCGCCCAUAACAAGCUCCAUACACAUGACGCAGCGAGGAUCGACAGGACGCUGGCAACAGCGCGCCGAUUUUGCGAUUGUGGCCUGAAAUGCUACAAGCACAAAAAACAAAAAGAAAUGAUACAGAUUAACGCAACAUGAAAAAGAUUAACACAAAAUCACACGCACAUGCGCCCUUUUAGUGGGUAGACGAAAUGAACAAACGACGGGACGAGGAAGAAACCCGACAACGAGUUUGUAUUAUGUGUAUUAUGACUUUAAUUAUGAAAAAACGAAAGAUUCCUGCUCCAUUCCUUGAGAGGAAUCGAAUAAGGUUCUCACACUAACAUUAACACAAUUAUGCUUUCCUUUUAACUAAAAAAAAAACAAGAUAUAUUGAUGCGCAAUAUGGUAGAGCGAAUGAAAUGCUAGAGGAUCGCCCCAGCUCAGGGGUAUUCCUGUGAUCACUAUGUAAUAAGCCCUAGCACUGGCAUCCAUCGCAAGCUGGCGCAGGAUAACAUUUUCGCUCUGUUUUCUGUGUGUGUUCUGUGUGUAUAUUCGUUAAAAAUGAAAAUAAAACUCUGUACUUAUAUGAAAUUUGUUUGUAUCUUAUCGUUUGUGGAAAAAAGCUUUAGCCGAUGACUGUUGGGUCGUCCGGUCUAGCAGUCGAGAAUCAAUCCCCUUGGAGGCUCAGGGCGGAAUUACAGUUGGGGCCUCUAAUUUUAAAAACGACUGCCAUAGAAGCUUGUAGAAGCGCACAAAAGUGUGGUAUUAAUGGAUGUACAGCAAAACAUCACAAAAUGCUUCAUCCUAUGGGAACAACUCCAGUAGUUGAACAAGAAGCCGUUAAUAACCAUCACGAAAUGCAGACGCCGUCUUCGACACAUUAUCAAGGGUUUACCAGUAACAUUGAUGAGCAAGGAUAAGUCCGUUAAGACAUACGCCUUUUUAGAUCCGGGUUUAUCUCUAACCCUAUUAGAUGCAAAAAUCGCCAGGAAACUCUCCUUAACGGGAGAAGAAAUUCCACUUCAACGGUUUAGGACUCAAGGUACGAAAGCAAACCAAGAAGGAAGUCAAAGCGUAAAUUUAA